GGGCGCGCUUGAGAGCGGUCUAAAGCGGCAGUGGAGGGAGCUCGGCGAUGGGGAGCGGCGGUGUGAUCCAUUGUAGGUGUGCCAAGUGUUUCUGUUAUCCUACUAAACGAAGAAUCAAAAGAAGACCCAGAAACUUAACCAUCUUGAGUCUCCCAGAAGAUGUACUCUUUCAUAUCCUGAAAUGGCUUUCUGUUGGGGACAUCCUUGCUGUCCGAGCUGUCCACUCCCACCUCAAGUACCUGGUGGACAACCAUGCCAGUGUGUGGGCAUCUGCCAGCUUCCAGGAGCUGUGGCCUUCUCCACAGAACCUGAAGCUCUUUGAAAGGGCUGCUGAAAAGGGAAAUUUUGAAGCUGCUGUGAAGUUGGGGAUUGCCUACCUCUACAAUGAAGGCUUGUCUGUGUCAGAUGAGGCCUGCGCAGAAGUGAACGGCUUGAAGGCCUCUCGCUUCUUCAGCAUGGCUGAGAGACUGAAUACGGGUUCUGAGCCCUUCAUCUGGCUCUUCAUCCGCCCACCGUGGUCAGUGUCUGGAAGCUGCUGCAAGGCUGUGGUUCAUGACAGCCUCCGGGCGGAGUGUCAGUUACAGAGAAGUCAUAAAGCUUCCAUACUACACUGCUUGGGAAGGGUGCUAAAUCUUUUUGAGGACGAAGAGAAAAGGAAGCAGGCGCGAGGCCUUUUGGAAGAGUCUUCUCGUCAGGGAUGCUUAAUCAGCUCAUACCUCCUUUGGGAAAGUGACAGGAAGGUGGAUCUGGCUUUGGCCAAAGCCUGUGCAGGUGGAAGCCAGCUUGGACUGGAAGGGAAGGCCUGCAGUGAGUCGGUCUGCCAGCUCUUCCAGGCCUCCCAGGCUAUCAACAAGCAGCAGAUAUUCUCUGUGCAGAAGGGGCUCAGCGACACCAUGAGGUACAUUCUAAUCGACUGGUUGGUGGAAGUUGCCACAAUGAAGGACUUUACAAGCCUGUGUCUUCACCUGACUGUGGAGUGUGUAGACCGGUACCUGCGAAGGAGGCUGGUCCCCAGAUACAAGCUGCAGCUCUUGGGUAUUGCCUGCAUGGUCAUCUGUACCCGGUUCAUCAGCAAAGAGAUUCUGACGAUUAGAGAGGCUGUGUGGCUCACAGACAACACAUAUAAAUAUGAGGACUUGGUACGAGUGAUGGGGGAGAUCAUCUCCGCCCUGGAAGGGAAGAUUCGGAUCCCUACCGUGGUUGACUAUAAAGAGGUCCUGCUGACACUGGUCCCCGUCGCACCCAGAACCCAGCACCUGUGCAGCUUCCUCUGUGAGCUCACCCUGCUGCACACCAGCCUGUCCAUCUAUGCCCCAGCCCGCCUGGCCUCUGCAGCCCUUCUCCUGGCCAGACUCAUGCAUGGGCAGACACAGCCCUGGACCACUCAGCUGUGGGACCUCACUGGGUUCUCCUACAGUGACCUCGUACCCUGUGUCCUGAGCCUUCAUAAGAAGUGUUUCCAUGAUGAUGCACCCAAAGACUACAGACAAGUCUCUCUGACGGCCGUGAAGCAGCGGUUUGAGGAUAAGUGCUAUGAGGAAAUCAGCCAGGAAGAGGUGCUGAGCUAUGCUGCAUUGUGCAGUGCAUUAGGAGUAAAACAGGAAAGCCCAGAGCCCCCAUCUUUCCCUAGCUCGGAGAUCCACACCUUCCUCAGCUCGCCGUCUGGAAGGAGGAGCAAACGGAAGCGAGAGAACAGCCUUCAGGAGGACAGAGGCAGCUUUGUCACCACACCCACCGCAGAGCUAUCGAAUCAGGAGGAGACAUUGCUAGGCAGCCUUCUGGACUGGAGCCUGGAGUGCUGCUCUGGCUAUGAGGGAGACCAGGAGAGCGAAGGCGAGAAGGAGGGUGAUGUCACAGCUCCCAGCAGACUCCUUGAUGUCACCGUGGUCUACCUGAACCCAGAAGAACAUUGCUGCCAGGAGUCCAGUGAUGAGGAGGCCUGGCCAGAGGACAAGAUCUACCCAGCACCAGGCACCCAGGCACCUCCAGCCUCAGCUCCCAGGCCCCUUCUCUGCAAUCGGGGAGAUCGGGCCAAGGACAUUACGACCUCCGGAUACUCCUCUGUUAGCAGCUCCAGUCCCAUAAGCUCCCUGGAUGGUGGCAUGGGGGGCUCUCCCCAAUCUACCUCAGUGCUCUCUGUGGGCAGCCACUCAAGCACAAAGCCUUGCCACCAUCAGGCCAAGAAGUCAUGUUUACAGUGUCGUCCCCCAAAUUCCCCAGAGAGCGGUGUUCACCAGCAGCCGGUAAAGCGCCAAAACCUGUCUGUACACAGUGACAAGGACACGAACCUGGCUUCCUGAAGCUCUGAGUGUGUUAGCCUUCACCAUGGUGAAUGUUUACUGAGGGAGGGCUGCUGUUGUUCUAGGACACUGCCUAUGGGUACUGUGUAGAUCCUUAGGGGAGUUCAGUGCAAGCUGUCAGGACAUUGAGCUCGGUGACCAGCUCAGCCUCUCCGUGUCGGACAGCAGCCACCCAGCUGUCAUGCGCACCUGUGAAACCCAUCCCUGUCUACCCUUCUGUGUCCUGCUGUCUCUGGGAGCAUGAGCCUCUGUGUUGGCAUUCACUUUCUGAGGCCAGGAGCUGACAGCCUCCUUGGAAUACUAGCGGCCCAGGUGGCCUAACACAGUUCAAACCCUUGCUGGCAAGUCUUGUUUUAGACCAGUGGGGAGCUCUCAAGUGAAGACAGCACUCUCCUCCCACACCCCUUCCGCCUAGGGAGCCUGUGUCCCUGCAUAUCAGUGUUGACUGUAGCCUAAUGGUGUAUGAGGCCCUUAAAGCUGGGGUUGCAGGUGUCCCUGUCCCUCCCAAAGUGGUUUGUCUGUGUCCCAUUAUAUCCAUGUGACCGUAUCUCUGCACUGAAUUUGGAGGCCAUUCUUUGCCUGUCUUUAUUUCUACAUUUCUUCUAAUGGGGAAAAAAAGGAAGCAUUUGAAAUAGAGGGUAUUGAAUAAAAAGAUAAC